AUGGACAACGGCAUCGACUACGAGGCCCUGAGCGUGGACCGCCGCCAGAUCCGCCUCGUCCGCCUGCCCCCCGCGCCAGCAGCCGACCUCCCCCUCGCCUGCGCGCUCGAGACAUUCACCCGGACGACCUGUCCGGAGUACGUGGCCCUCUCCUACACCUGGGGCUCCGAGGCGAGCACCCGCCCCCUCACCGUCAACGACAAGGCGUGCCGGGUGAGCCCCACCGUCGACCAGGCCCUCAGGGAGAUCUGCCGCCGCAGCGACGUCCGCUACCUCUGGGUCGACCAGAUCUGCAUCAACCAGCGCGACAAUGAGGAGAAGAAGGAGCAGGUCCUGCAGAUGCGGCACAUCUACAGCGACGCGCACUCCGUCAUCGCCUGGCUGGGCCCGUCGUUUGAGGGGUGCGAGGCGCUGUUUACUCACCUGCGGAGGAUGGGCAACGGGGUGAAGAACCGCGACUGGGACGGCCUGGAGAUGCUGCAUGACGACGAAGAGCACCUGAGGUGGAUGAGGAAGGCGUACGACACCCUCUGUAGGCGGAGCUACUGGAAGAGGCUGUGGAUUCUCCAGGAAUUUGCCAUCGCUUCGCACGUGUCCGUCAUGUGCGGGUCGUGCGUGCUUCCCUACGACCUCCUGCUGGCCGUCCAGCAGUCGGCCAACAGGCUGAGUGAAGAGGUCGGGAAACGCCAGACUCCCGGGAGGGACCUCCUGCUGGAAAGGUUGUAUGCCAACUACGCCUCCCCGUUCCGGAGUUUCAUGGACAGCGUCGUGACGCGCAGGGCGAGGUUCCGCGCCGAGGACUACGAGGGCGAUCUGUUCUUCCAGGUGCUCACGACCUGUCUGGUGCUGGAGAGGGACUACAACAUCCCGCAGACGUCGGACCCCCGAGACCGGGUGUUCUCGCUGCUGUACCUCGCUGCCGACGUUGACGAGAUCAAGGGGAUCGUGGACUACUCCAAGACGUGUGCGGAGGUAUACUACGAUACGGCGCUGGCGCUGCUCAAGCAGGGCAAUGUAGAUGUUCUGGCAUAUAGCCAGUUCCCGAGGGAGAUCGAGGGUCUGCCGACGUGGGUGCCGGACUGGUGCAUGCCUGUGAAAAACCCGUGCAACCAGGGGCCAUGGUACAGCAAGUUCUCCGCCUCGGGCGACUCGGAUGAGAAGCAGGAGGUGCAGGAGGUCAGCCGUGGGCGGCUGAGCAUAAAGGGGUUCGCGGUGGACACAGUGAAGAAGUACGGCAAAGUUUGGGACCCGGACUGGGAGAAGCCGUUGGACCGGGAGGCGGCUCUUGCGUUCAUUGAUGACACCAAGGAGCUGUGCGAACUGUCACCGCGAGUACGAGCGAACGAGGAGCUGCUCGAUGCCGUGCGAGUUGCCACAUCGGACGGGGCGCAGUACGGGGAGGAGGACGUGAGUGGCCAACUUAUUGUCAACUAUAUUGCGGAGUUCAUCUGGGCAUACGACAGGCUGGUGAAGCUGGUCAACCCGAUAGGAGAGGAUGGGAACCAGCAAGAGGACAAGACACCAAGUGACAAUGACUGGCUGGUUCGGGCGAUUCACUACCUCUUUUCUCGUCGCCCCUUCUUGACGAGUACGGGCUUUGUGGGCUUGGGGCCAUCACACAUGCAAGAAGGCGACGAGGUAUGCAUCUUCUACGGAGGCAAGACUCCAUACAUGGUUCGGCCAGAGAAGGAAGGCGAAGGAUAUAGCUUCGUGGGUGAAACAUUCCUGUAUGGGGUGAUGCAUGGUGAGGCGCUCAAGGGCGAGGUCAACUCCAAAACGUACAUUCUACAAUAG